AUGUCUGCCGAAUCAACCCCCGCUUCCACCAAGCCAGUUAUUGAGGAGAGAGUCUACCUUGGAAACGUUGACUACAAGGCUACUGAAGAAGACUUGAAGGAGUUGUUCGCCAGCUUGAACGUAACUGAAGUGGACAUCCCAUUCAAGGAGAUCACCCGUGGGGAAAAGGUCCUCAAGAGACACUUGGGAUUUGCCUUUGUCCAGUUUGCUUCCAAGGAAGAUGCUGACAAGGCAAUUGAAGAGUUCAGUGGCAAGAAGUUCCAUAGAAGAAACGUGUUCAUCAAGAAAGCAAUUCCACCUCCAACUGAAGACGAGAAGAAGGAAAGAGUGGAAGCAUUCAAGGCUAAGAAGGCUCUCGCUGCCUCCAAGGCCAAGGCCAAGGCUGAUAAGAAGGAGGAAAAGGAAGCUGCUGCUGCAGCAGCUACCGCAGCCGCCGUCGCAAAGAAAGCUACCCGCAAGACAGCCAAGACCACCGAAGAAAAGGUUCCAGAAGGCAAGCCUUCUGUUGAUACCAUCUUCGUCACCAACUUGGACUACAAGGUUGAUGUGAAGACUUUGAACAACCUCUUCAAGGAAUUGAAGCCAAAAUGGAUCCACGUUCCUUCCAGAAGAGUGCCAUACUACAUCUUGAAGAAGCAACAAGCUGAAGGCCGUCCAAAGACUUUCUUCAACAAGGGUAUUGCCUUUGUCAAGUUCUCCAGCGAGGAAGUGCAAAAGAAGGCCGUUGCUGAGUUCAACGGUAAGGAAAUCAACGGCAGAGAAAUCAUUGUUGACAUUGCUAUCGAUGCUAGAGUCCCAAAGGAGGAGGAAGCCAAGGACGAACAAGAACAGGCCAAGGACCAAUCUAGCGAGGAGUCCGCCUAG